AUGAAGAAGCGUCCUUUAUGGGUUGUCCAGAUUCGACGAAGAACGAUAAGGCUCGUCUCGUUUGCCGUAUCGUGUGCACUUUUAGCAGUCGCCAUCGGCUCAAUGGCACUCAUGUUCCGUUGGGAUGGGAACGACCUUUCGCUUGGGGCAGAAGUAGAUCCAUUCAAGAUUCAAAUCAAUGCAAGAAAGAGUGAAAGCGUGACCUUCCUUCAGAAAGGUGUCCAAAUGCCCGUCAAAGACUUUGCGGUACACGGAACAGUCAUCAACAAAAUUACAGAUGCUGGUAUCGCUACCACCCAAUUCGAGAAGUGUUCUGAGGGCAACACCAAGACUUGGCUGGACGGCUCCAGGAUUGGAAACAUUAACGAGUCGUUGCUGACACUCGACUUUGUUCGCCAAAAUAUUGUGGAUUCGCCAACUGCUCUCGGGUCUUAUGAUGCUGUGUCCAUAAUCCUAAAUCAGACCAUGAGUCAUACAUCUUCGCGAUUCCGCAACUAUCACGAUGCCUCCAUCACUUCGGCCAAUAUUCGAACAUGGGCUGUCCGUCUCGUGUACUUAUCCCUACAUUAUCAUCAACACCGGCAUGCUUUACGGGAAGCACGCAUACGAGCCUUAGACGACGCAUGUUAUCCAGUUAUGCUGGACAGAGGCGUCGGUCUGUACGACUACGAGUGUCCCUCAGCAAAAUAUCUAGUGGUGGGUCUUGCCAAAUACGGAUUGGGUGCCAACGUUCGCGCGGGCGCGGUCAAGGCACUCGUAGCCGGGCUAGCGACCGACCGAGUCGUUCUCUUUGUCAACAAUGUAGCGGAUCUCGAGAGUGCUACCAAAGACAUGGGUCCUUGGUCGUUGGCGUCGUGUCCACGUAGAGAUCAUCAAUGCUUCUUUUUGCCCCUAAGUCCGUGUGUGCUGCUGCGUGAGGAACUGGCUGCCGCACACAUUUUGGACAAGGGCGAAAUGAGAGCUUUGUUCAAAACUGGACGUGUUCCUCUUGGACGAAUUGACGAUCGAGUGCUGGUGCUGCAUCUCCAUUUUAUGCCUCAGCUAAAGUUGCCGGGGAAUACCGUUGAGCUACUUCAAAACUACUCAUAUUCCCUGAUCGAGGGCGUUUUAUCAACCGAUUCUAGACGGCCAGUCAUGGAGCAAGCAAUUGCAAGUUUUACUCUACCAGACGAGCCUCGCCCCGCGGGAUAUAAUUACGCUUUAGCGAACAGCCGCAUUCAGCAUGCGCUUAUGUUCUACACGAUGCGACCCAAUCUGCAUAGUCGCAAACGAAUAGACGAGAUUUUAAAGGAAAUCAUUCCCGCAAAGACUCUCCCCGAGAGAUCGGUUGGCAUUCCGAUUCGAGCUUCGGAUAAGUGCCGGCAGGAAAGCCAAUGCUUAUCCUUUUCCCAGCACAUAGAAGUUUCCAGUCUGCUUUGGAACGACGUUUACCCCAACACAUCCCACUCGGAUCAACCCACACUUAUUUUUACAACGGAAUCGAAAGACAUGAUGCAUGAAGAACACGCAUACAUUUCCAACACCACAAUCCCCAAACCCUUUGCGAAUAUGAACUUGCUCAUGAAUCCUCACGAUGUGCUACCCAAUACCGGGUUUGUUGAGGAAAUCGUCGCGAAAACCACCAGCUUUUCGGCUGACGAUGCAAUGCUUUCUGCCGUCACGUCAUUACAACUCCAACUUUUGGCCAGAUACACCAUUGCCAACUGCUGCUCUAACUUUCAUACACUUCUGGGGGACUUUCUAGUGGAAGGUAUGGGAGCCGCACAUCACAACGAUUUUUCCUGCUUGCAGGAGCACUCCGAUCCAGUUUACGCCAUUUGCUGUGGCUGGCACAAGGAUUGCAAACAAAAGCGAGCGGCUAUCCUUCUCGCCCGAAACUCUACAGAUGAAACGAUGAAGGAUUGA